AUGGCCUUUUACUAUGUCGUUGAAAACGCCGAGGUCCUAUUAGGCGAUAAUGUCUCCAUCGUCGGCAUCGAACAGGUAGCAGCUAGCUUCCAAUGUCACUUAGAAGCCAGUCGAUGGGAGUUGCGUAGGUAG